AUGUCACCUUUGCUACUGGUAGUAUGGAACUUUGACACUGUUGUCAAACUGAAGCUGCACCACAAACUCUCAGAUGAAACUCAGCUGGAGCAUGGAAUCCUGUCACAUCUGGCCUUAAGUUGCGCUCUGCUUUUGGCCGCUGCCCUUGCCAUUGGCUGGUAUAUCAGAGAUUCUCUCAAGGUUGAUGACUUCAACCAGAAGCAUGUCCUCAUCACAGGUUGUGAUAGUGGCUUUGGAAAUUUGCUGGCCAAGCAGCUGGAUCGAAGAGGAUUUGCUGUUAUAGCUGCAUGUCUCACAGAAAAAGGUGCCUCGGAUUUGGCAUCUGCAGCCUCCCCCAGACUGAAGACCCUUCUGCUCAAUGUUACCGACAGUGAGAGCAUCAAGAGGGCAGUGGAGUUUGUGAGCGCCGAGGUCGGAGAGCGAGGUCUGUGGGGACUGGUGAAUAAUGCUGGGAGGUCCAUUCCAAUUGGACCAGCAGAAUGGAUGCAGUUGGAGGAUUUCACAAAGGUUUUGGAUGUGAAUCUGAUCGGUGUCAUUGAUGUGACCCUCCAGUUUCUCCCACUGCUCAAGAAGGCCCGAGGCCGGGUAGUAAAUGUGGCCAGUAUUUUUGGGAGACUUUCCCUCGUUGGUGGAGGCUACUGUCUGUCCAAAUGGGGAGUGGAGGCCUUCUCGGACAGCCUCAGGAGGGACAUGUACCACUUUGGUAUCAAAGUGGGCAUCAUCGAGCCUGGGUUCUUCAAGACGGCCGUGACCAGGGUGGAUCUGAUUGAAGACGACCAGAGGAGACUGUGGGACCGCCUCCCUCAGGAUGUGAAAGACUCCUAUGGAGCUAACUACUUUCAUAACUAUAUUAAAGCUCAGAACUUCUCCAUGGGCGUCCUGUGCAGUUCAGAUCUCUCCAAGGUGACCAACUGUAUGCAGCACGCCCUGUCGGCUCGCUACCCGCACACACGGUAUGCAGCAGGCUGGGACGCCAAGCUGCUCUGGAUUCCUCUUUCCUACCUCCCAUCAUUUGUUCAAGACUUUUUCAUCACUUUGCUUAUUCCUGUACCAAAAAGUGAAAAGAUAUGAAUGUUGACUAAGUCAGUGAUGCCAGCACAUGAGCUAAAUGACUCGCAUUGUCAUAUCCACUGGGAGUGUGUAUUAAUGAGAACUAAUAUUAUUGGUCUGUGUUCAGAUAUGUAUGGCACAGAGAA